AUGGGGAGCAGCAAGAGCAAGCCCAAAGACCCCAGCCAGCGCCGGCGCAGCCUGGAGCCCCCCGACAAUGCCCACCACGGGGGUUACCCUGCCUCCCAGACGCCCAGCAAGGCAGCAGCUCCCGACAAUGCCCAUCGCACCCCCAGCCGCAACUUCGGCACCAUGGCUGCCGAGUCCAAGCUCUUCGGCGGCUUCAACACCUCUGACACGGUCACCUCACCGCAGCGUGCCGGGGCACUGGCUGGUGGAGUCACCACUUUUGUGGCCCUCUAUGACUACGAGUCCCGGACUGAAACAGAUUUGUCCUUCAAGAAAGGAGAGCGCCUGCAAAUAGUCAACAACACGGAAGGUGACUGGUGGCUGGCUCAUUCCCUCACUACAGGACAGACUGGCUACAUCCCCAGUAACUAUGUCGCGCCCUCAGACUCCAUCCAGGCUGAAGAGUGGUACUUUGGGAAGAUCACUCGCCGGGAGUCCGAGCGGCUGCUGCUCAACCCCGAAAACCCCCGAGGGACCUUCCUGGUCCGAGAGAGUGAGACCACAAAAGGUGCCUACUGCCUCUCUGUCUCUGACUUCGACAACGCCAAGGGGCUCAAUGUGAAGCACUACAAGAUCCGCAAGCUGGACAGUGGUGGCUUCUACAUCACCUCCCGCACCCAGUUCAACAGCCUGCAGCAGCUGGUGGCCUAUUACUCCAAACACGCCGAUGGCUUGUGCCACCGUCUCACCAACGUCUGCCCCACAUCCAAGCCCCAGACCCAAGGCCUUGCCAAGGAUGCCUGGGAAAUCCCCCGGGAAUCGCUGCGGUUGGAGGUCAAGCUGGGACAGGGCUGCUUUGGAGAGGUGUGGAUGGGGACCUGGAACGGCACCACCCGGGUGGCGAUCAAGACAUUGAAGCCUGGCACCAUGUCCCCAGAGGCCUUCCUGCAGGAAGCUCAGGUCAUGAAGAAGCUCCGGCACGAGAAGCUGGUUCAGCUCUACGCCGUGGUUUCAGAGGAGCCUAUUUACAUCGUCACUGAGUACAUGAGCAAGGGGAGCCUCCUGGACUUCCUGAAGGGUGAGAUGGGCAAGUACCUGCGGCUGCCCCAGCUCGUGGAUAUGGCGGCUCAGAUUGCAUCUGGCAUGGCCUAUGUGGAGAGGAUGAACUAUGUCCACCGGGACCUUCGGGCAGCCAACAUCCUCGUGGGGGAGAACCUGGUGUGCAAAGUGGCUGACUUCGGCUUGGCCCGCCUCAUCGAGGACAAUGAAUACACUGCUCGGCAAGGUGCCAAGUUCCCCAUCAAGUGGACGGCCCCCGAAGCUGCUUUGUACGGCAGGUUUACCAUCAAGUCAGACGUCUGGUCCUUUGGCAUUCUCUUGACCGAGCUGACCACCAAGGGCAGAGUGCCAUACCCAGGAAUGGUGAACCGGGAGGUGCUGGACCAGGUGGAGCGGGGGUACCGCAUGCCCUGCCCGCCUGAGUGCCCUGAGUCCCUGCACGACCUCAUGUGCCAGUGCUGGCGGAAGGACCCCGAGGAGCGACCCACCUUUGAGUACCUGCAGGCAUUCCUGGAGGACUACUUCACCUCUACAGAGCCCCAGUACCAGCCUGGCGAGAACCUAUAG